AUGCGAUUUUCUACCAUUGCAACUAUUUCUUUCGCCGUAGGGCAGGCCUACGCUCUGGUCAGGUCCCCGACCCCGACUGUCAGCGGCUCAUCAUAUGUCGUUGACGGGCAGUACACGUUUGCCAACAGAGCCGUCUUCAACUUUGCGACCGGAACUAGUCUUCCGAGUGGGCUGUACAGAAGCACGUACUCUGUUGGGACACACACUUACGAAGCUGCCAAUGCCGUCGUAUCUGGUGGUUAUCUUAACUUGAUAGUUCCUGGUGGCCAAACUGCCCAGCCUUACAAAUGUGGCGAGGUCGUCACUACUGUUGCGAACAUCAAGUACGCUUCUGUUCGAACCGUCGCCAUUUUCAGUGAACCUGCUGGUGUUUGCAAUGGCAUCUUCUACUACAAGAAUGACACUCAGGAGACCGAUAUUGAAUGGCUUUCGGAUCCCAACUCGCUAAGCAACCAAGGCACCCGGAAGCUCUGGUUCACCAACCAGGAUGCAGACCAAAACGGCGUCAAGACCUACAACGCAGUCACUCCACCCUCGGAUGCUACAAGCGCCGAGCACGAGUACCGUCUUGAUUGGACCCCGGGCCUGGUUCGAUGGUUUGUAGAUGGUGUGCAAAUCUGGAACACCACUAGUGAUGUGCCCAACUCUGCUGCCCCGUGGGUGUUUAACAACUGGGCCAACGGAGACCCUGGCUGGAGUGUUGGCCCCCCCAAACAGACUGCAAACUUCCGCAUUAAGGACGUCUAUAUGUACUACAACACCUGUUCCGGAAGCAACUGCUGA